CUCAACUCACCACUCCUGCCAUGGUCUGGGAGAAUUGAUUAAUUAGUAGUCAUCGAUAUGCAUAGAAAAAAGUGAGGUUAUUCCUCACAUGGCAGGGCAGUGGAAAAUAACUUACCCGACGAUUACAUGAAUGGAAUAAACUUAACUUCUCGGCUUCAGCGGAACAGGUUAGAAUGGACACGAAGAAGACAGCCGUUAGCUAACUUAGCACGGUAGUCCGUUUCAAUGAAACUUUGAGCUAACGGCGAGGUAACGUUCGACAAAGAGGGGUGAAGGGUGAGCUGUAACCAUGGAGGCUGCAUUUCACCCUUUCUUCACCACAACUGGCCAGCUGCCCUGGUUGCUUCUGACUGUGUUUACAUCGUGGACAGCCUUUUGUUCUGCAGAUAUAAAGCAGACAAGAAGGCCAUUAUAUACCCAGAAGCCAGUUCUUCUUGCCUGGAAUGCCCCAACACAGGAGUGUGAACCACGACAUAGAGUAACCUUAUCUUUGAGCCAGUUUGACAUUGUAGCGACCCCCAAUGAGGGCUUUGUGGGGCAAAACCUUACAAUCUUCUAUAAGGAACGUCUUGGGUUGUAUCCCUAUUAUAAGCAUGAUGGCAGUGCGGUGAAUGGAGGCCUUCCACAGCUUGUCAGCCUCACUGAGCACUCAAAAAAGAUGCCCGAAGGCCUUAAAAAAUACAUAAAAGUGCCAGGGGCAAAAGGUUUGGCUGUUAUUGACUGGGAGGAGUGGCGUCCUAUAUGGGUCAGAAAUUGGGAUGCUAAACUUAUCUAUCGAAAUAAAUCCUAUGCAAUGAUAGCCAAAAAGAACCCUACAUGGACCUCAAAACAAGUGGAGAAAGUUGCAGAACAAGAAUUUGAGCUAUCGGCUCAAAGAUUCAUGCAGGAGACUUUGAAACUGGCCAAGAAUAUGAGGCCCAAUCAGCUGUGGGGCUUCUACCUGUUUCCAGAUUGUUACAACCAUGACUACAACAAGAAUGGUCUGCAAAACUACACAGGCCACUGUCCUUCAGUGGAGGUGGACCGCAAUAAUCAUCUCAACUGGUUGUGGAUGGAAUGUACAGCACUUUUCCCGUCAGUAUACAUGGAACCUGUGCUACGCUCAACGAGCCAAGGGCGCCUUUUUGUCCGGAACAGGGUGAAGGAGGCAAUGCGCCUGGCAUCUGUUGGGGAUGGAUUAGCACGUCCUGUUUAUGUUUACACCCGACCUACCUAUAUCAGUCAAACGACUCUCCUAACUGAGACAGAUUUGGUCUCCACAAUCGGUGAGAGUGUUGCACUUGGAGCUGCAGGUGUAAUCUUCUGGGGCGACACCUCUCAUGCAAGCAGCAGUGCCAACUGCUCAACCCUAAAUGAUUAUCUUAAGGGACCGCUGGGUCGGUACCUGCUCAAUGUGUCCACAGCAGCAGAGCACUGCAGUCAUGUGCUAUGUAAUUUCAGCGGCCGCUGUUUUCGCAGAAUAUUGGACAGCGAUAUAUAUCUGCAUCUCAGCCCUUCAACACACAAGAUAACUAGUCAGAGUGGCCAGCUCAAGGUUACAGGAAUGCUCAGCCAAACUGAGAAGACUUUUUUCCACAAGCACUUCCAGUGCCAGUGCUACAGUGGGUACAGGGGUGAUGACUGUACUUUGAAAGAAAAAGAGCCCAAUAGAGCCUCCUCUGUAUUAGGGACUUGGCCUCUUUGCCUUUUACUUCCGCUCGGACUCCUUACUCUUCUACAUUGAGGAAACAUAGACUAACUAUUUACUGUUUCAGCGAGCCUAGAAGUGGACAGUUUAGACUUUUAUGCAUAAAUAUGGAAAUUAUAUUGAUGCAUUGUCUCCAUAGUGAAGAGAAGCCAAAGAUAUCUAUUUUUGAAAGCUUUUUUUAUGAUUGGUUUAACAUCAGAACAACAACACAUGGCUUAAAGUAGAAAAAGUGGAUAAAAGGGAACAGACGCACACAUAUUUACAGGUUAUUGGUGCCUCAUGGCAAAACAGACACUACAUUACAAUAGUAUUAUAUAGUAUGAAUAUCGAGCUCUUAAGUGUCUUAUUAAUGAAAUACAAGCCAGUCUUAAAUCUCUUUUGUAUUUUUUUGCUUAGAGAAACAUCAAGGAUGGACCUGCUCGUUUUCAGUUCAAUAUUGUGCCUUAACAGGGCUGAAACCAGCUCUCUUUUGCAGUUGCAGUUGCAGUCUUUAUGUCCUUGCUUUAUAUUGAUAUAAACUCCAUCAUGGCUAACAAUUUUAUUAUAACCGAACAGUGCAGAGCAAAUACAUACAUGUUACAAGGUAUCCAUCAACUUAAAUGGAUAUCACUGUGAAAACAGGUCAUAAAACAUUAGGAAAUAUAUCAGACUGGCAAUUUAAACACAACUUGACACUAUAACUGACUGUAGUUUACACAUUUGCCCAACAAGCCAAAUAGCCCCCAGUUUGAUCCUGGGAAGACAAAACAGAUUGCUUUAGCGUUUCAUCAGGAAGGGCAUCCGGUAUAAAAAAUCUACCAAGUCAAACAUGUGGAGCUAACGGCUGUGGCGACCCCUGAAAGCAGGGAGCAGCUAAAAGUUCAAUAUAACUGAUUAUAGCUGAUUUCAGCUUGUGUCUGAUGUACUGGAAUAGGCUAUAUGUUCGCUCCAUUCAUAACCAAAUGUAUAGGAUUGCUUUGAAAUUGUUUGCAACUGUCUAACUGAAUAUUAGCCGACUGAAAAAAAAAGUUGUGUCAAGGAUCUUGCCGGUGAUACUGUGUGAACAGCAAUUACUGUAGGUACAAGUUCAGAAUUGUUUGUUCCCAAUAUAGCUGAGCAGUUGCAUGUUUUAUACAGUAGGUACUAGUUUCAGUAGCUAAAAUGAGUUAUGAAAGAAGCCAGCAGGUGGUUUUUCACAAACACGGUAGUCUCAGAAUUGCACAGCUGGUGUUGAAUUGUGAUGUUAUAUGUACUUAUAUUGCAUAGGUCUUCAAGUUCUGCACUUUACUUUCAUGCAGAGUUGGACUGGGUGUCAUUACAUGUCGUGAGGGACGAAACUGAGUGAAUACUGUCAGUGCAUGACAGUGCUAUAGUGGCUUUUCGCGUGUAAUGUGUCACAUUGGAAAUACUCUGUUUCACUGUGAAUCUUGCUGAAAAGCAAAGGGUUGCCUCGAUGGUUGUUAUCUCUCUCCAUCAGCUUUCAUCUUAUUUUUUUAAUAAGUAUCCAAAAAAUUUUAAGUCUUUUUUUUUU